UGGAGCCCACACAAACCAAUGUGCGCGAGAAAACAAAAUAAAGAAACACCUAAAAAAGAAGGAAAUAAAAAACUAAAACAAACAGGGUUAAAAAACCGAUACUGAAGCUCUAUAAAUUGAGCUCAGGUCCUUCACGCUUCCGAAGGGUUUUAGUAAUGUCAAUCUUCUGCAAGAAGUGUUGUUCCCUAUGUUAAUUGUACAGACAAAGGGAUUUCUUGUGUUCCUCAUGCUCUCUGGUGCCAAGGCGUUCAAGCACAAGAAGAAGAAGAAGUGCCUAAUUGAAUGCUCUUAGCGGUAGUAAAACUCUGAAAAUUGUGAAAAUUUUGGUGUCUGUUGAGGGAUUUCUGAGAUUGUGAAAAUUUGUAAAAACGCGGGUUUUGUUGCUUGUGAUUCGAGGAGCUACCUUUCUUUCAGGGAUUUUUGGGGGUUUGGCAUUGCUUGCUGGGGAAAUUGAGGUUUUUAGGGGUUUUUUUCCUUGUUGUUUGUUGAAAAUCUCGUGAUUUGGGCCGGUGGUUUGGGAAAGCUUUGGUCUGUGGCGGAAGUUAAGGUUUGUGAGAAGUAUUUGUGUUCUAGGGCUAGGGAUUUUUGUUCUUGAGAGAAAAUAGUGAGUUUGAGCGGUGGAGACGAGAGAUUUAGACCAAAUCUCUUUAAAAAUCAGAGUUUGAGAGGUUCGCAUUGAUAAGAUUCAGAGUUUCAGAGGUUCGUUUAGGGGAAUCUAUGAGUUUUGAUUGUCUGUCUUGAGAAAUCUUCUUUUGUGAAGAGUUUAGAGCUCGAGUGAGGUUUCCUGUAGAGUUUAGAUGAUUUACUGUAAAAAAUAUUUGAUUUUUGAAAAGUUUUGCGGAGAAAUCAGAGCUUGAGCGCUUCAUUUGGGCGAAUCGUGGAGUCUGAGGUUCUUUUGAAGACAGAAGUCAGCGUUGUGAAGAUUUCAGAGUUUGAGAGGUGUAUUUUCGGAGAACUUUGAUCUUUCAGAGCUUUGGCACUUUCUGUAAGGGAAAAAUACUGGUCUUGAAAAGUUUUCUCAAGAAUUCAGAGUUUCAGCAGUUCCAAAGGAAAAAUUUCUUGCAAAGGUUUUUUUGGUGUUGUUUUUGAAAUAUGAGCCCUUCCUUCAACGGUUUAUGUUGAGAUAUAAAGGAAUUUUGUUGAGAAGAAUUCAACCGCAGAGAAAAGCUCCUAUCCUGCAAAGAAUGUACCAUUGAAGCAGAGCAAAAGCCUGAGCGUCAUUUGCUGCUAAAAGUUUCCUACACUACGGCAAAUUUGCAGCCGAAAUCUAUAAAGGUGUGAUGGAUUACGGAGAAAUGGACACAGUAAAGGUUGAAAAGAUGAAGGCGAUGAAGAAAUUCAAGCGCAACCGCAAAGCGAAGAAGUAUCUGCGCUACGCUUUGGUGGCCGCCAGCGCAGUUGUGCUGUCAUGGAGUUCUGUAUGGAUCCCGGUCGUCCUUCAGACCACGGCGUUUUACUUCCGCUUUGCCUGCACUCUGGUCACAAGUUCGAGAUUCGUCUUCAUCAUGUGCAAUGUGAUCAUACUAACCCUGGCGGCUAAGUCUGGUCAGCUGAGCAGCCCUGCCGGGGGCUCGAACCCUGGAACUCCCUACUUCUACGAUGAAUAUGUUAAAAGCUCAGAGAGUCGCCCAAAGUAUAUCGUGAAUCUGUCCCAGCCAGAGGAGGAAGAAGAAGUGGAAAAGCGCUGCAUUUCAGUGGAACCAGCAGCGGAUCCUCUUCCUCUUCCUGCGGAGGAGAUCAAAUCCGUGGUCGCUGACGAAGUCACAAAGGACAUCACCGAGCCCGAGGUCGCGAGUUCGAGCCACGGCAAGUUCGUGAGGAGCCAGUCGGAUAAAAUAGGAAAAAAGCCCAGGCGGAAGCUCGUGCGAUCAUCAACCGCGAUCGAGAAUCCUUGUCUCCCGCUGGAAAAUUCAAAUUCAGUUUCUUCUGAUUUGGCUAUUGUGGAAGCCAACCAAGACACUAUGGACAUGCUGAAGGAAAAAUGUGACGAGUUCAUUGCCAAGCAUUACAAAGGCAGGAAUCCAGGUCGGAUGGUUAACGUUAACUGAGUUUUACAGGUUUCGAUCCUGAGCUUAAAAAGGAAACAGAUGAUUUUUUCUUUUUUUUCCAUCUGUAUUUUUUUUUGUUUUGUUUUCUUUGGCCUGGGUCUUCGCAAGCAUUGGCAUUAUAUAUGGGAUCCGCCAUGAAAGCUCUGCGCUACAAAGCUGUACAUGAAUGAAAUAUGAUCUUCUCUUCUUCUUCUUCUCACGUAUGAUAAUGAAGUUGUAAAGGUUUGUGUAAAUGCAAUCACCACCUUUUACAAUUAA